CUUAACGUUCUCAACUUCUUUAUAUUUUAAGUUUCCUUCUCGAUUGAUAUACAUUACACAAUUGACCAAAUCUUUUUGGAAAAUGUGCGUGUGUCACCAAAUGGCUGGAAUCGUUUUAUAUAUAAUAUCGUUUUCGCGGUUCAUUAAAAAUACAGAUUUUGUGAGAUUGUAUGAAAUUGAAAACUACAUUUUGAUACAUGGUAUGAAAUUAUCGCAUUAAUAUUACAAUUAUUGUCAUUAUUUAUAAGGGUAUAUCAAUACGUGACUAUAUACCAGAUUGUUUAGAUAUAUUGAUCCGUCGACAGUUUGAAAAGUCGUAUACAAAAAUUUUGUAAUAAUUUCGCUGUUAAUGUAGCUUGGUGUUGAGCUUGUGUAUAUAAAGGAAGGCGAGAUCAAAGUAUUUUUGUCAGACAAAAGGAACAAAAACACUCAAAACACAACCAACAAAAAAAAACGAUCGAAAGCUAAUUAAUUCAUCAAUGGCGAUGUCAGGAACAUACGUGACGGAUGUGCCUCUGAAGGGAUCGGCGGAGAAACACUAUAAGAGGUGGAGGAGCGAGAACCAUCUCGCCCCUGACGCCAUUGGCCACCUCAUCCAAGGUGUCACCGUCCACGAAGGCGAUUGGGACUCACACGGAACCAUCAAAAUAUGGAACUACACUCGUGAUGGGAAAGAGGAAGUAUUGAAGGAGAGGAUAGAGAUCGACGACGAGAAUAUGGCGGUAACGAUUAAUGGGCUCGAUGGUCACGUCAUGGAGUUGCUUAAGGUGUAUGUUACAACCUUCCACUUCAUCCCCGAGUUCGAAGAUGGCUGCGUCUGCAAAAUUACUAUGAUUUGGGAGAAACGCACCGAAGACUCCCCAGAGCCCAUCGAGUUCAUGAAGUUUGUCGAGAAGAUGAUUGCUGACAUGGACGACCACAUCCUCCAAAACCAGGAAUGAUGGAUCGAUGCUUAAUCAUCAUCACAUCCUCCUUCAUUUCUCUACGGUUUUAAUUUGUGUCCAUCUUGUACAUGAUAUUAAUAUCGUCAUGGUGUUGUAUGUCCAACGUUUAUUUACAUAAAUAUAAUGUUGUUCGUUUUUUUUCUUUCUUUUUAGUCCCCAUGUUGUUCGUUUAUUUAAUACUUGUACAAUCUGGUAUGGACCCGAAACAUAUCCGGAAAAAAUGUAGGACCUUAAUAUUUCAAUAAGGGCACAAUCUAAUAUUUGUAAAACAAA